AUGGCCCCAUCAACAGUCACCCCGUCUAAUUUCCAUCGCGCACCAGUAGCCUGUCUCAAAUGCCGGGCUGGAAAGGUCCGAUGUCUUGUCGCGCAAAACGCGAGCCAGUGCCAACGAUGCACUACCAACAACACAGAAUGUGUGUUUACCCAGCCCAAGAGAGCUAGGCAUCGACCAAGGAUCCACCCGCACUCUCGGCGACUAAGGGUCCAGGAACAUCAGAGUCAACAGGAGCAGCAAGAGGAGCAGCCGGCUCCGGCUUCGGACCAUGUACACAUCUCGUCGGCGCCUCCAUCUCCUCCUUCUCCUCGUGUCGAUCAUCAUGCUCAUAGGGCGCUCAUUACUCCCGAUAUUCGGGCACGGAUAGUCUCUGCCCUCGCUACUCUCAAAGGAAAGAGGGGUGCGCCCUUUAGCUUUGUCACGUCCGGGGACAGGCGCGCUGGGGCCGACGAGUCAACCCCCCAGCAGCUACUAUCAUCUGAUCAGCUACAGUCCUCGGGCCCCACGUUGAAGUUGUCAUGUCUUUUGAGCCCGCUUCAGCCCAGUGGCCUAUCUCACCCCCAAAAUGAUGUCCAUCAGCCUGGUCCUUUGGUCAAGAUGCCCACAUAUCGUGACUCGAUGACACUUGGACAAACCGUGACAGACCCAGUUGAUAACGGCAUCCUUAGCCGCUCGGCAUCUGAAGCUCUGUUUCACCAUUUCAUGCUUGGAAUGAAUGCCAAGUGGGAGUACCUCCUCGACCCCCACGUCGAUACCCACGAUGAUGUUAGGCGAAGGAGCCGGCUGCUUUUUGCCACCAUUCUAUACUGCUCGUCCAAGUUUGCGAAUUUUAUCAAUGGUAAACUUGUUUCGACAACAGACCCUUUUCUUCAAAGUCGUCUAUGCAGCGUUGCGCGAAACUUGGCAGUGACGGCAUUCGCCGAAGGAGACAGAUCAAUUGAAUCUAUGCAAGCGUUCUAUCUCUUGGCUUGCUGGAAAGAUGCAGACGACGACGUCUCUUAUCGACAUAGUGGCUACGCUUUCCGCUUCCUCCAUGAUCUAGACUGGGAAAUGGCCGAUGACGAGGGGCACCAGGCGGUCAGAAGAAAGCGGACAUCGGUGGCCCUGUUUCGACAGGACAAACAGCAGAGCCUCUUCUUCAUGAAGCGAGCUACUUCAAGUAUGAGUGACGAUGACCAUCCAUUCGUCAACUACCUCGAUACAUGGCUUGGAAUGCCACAUGUGUUGCCGCAGGACUACAUGGCUUGUUGUAGUGCUGAUCUACGUCGUAUACAAUCCAAGAUUCGCGGUCUUGUCCAGAAAGCCCCAUCGCUUAUGCUGUCAUGCCUUUUGGAGCAGAUGGACUCGGAAUUGAGUAGGUGGAAGUCGACUUGGGAGGAUCGGUUCAAAAGAAAUCUCUCAAGACCAUGUCCAGAUGACUUGCCGUUUGAUCGUCGACUAAUGUACCCUGGGAAAUAUCAUCUGCGAACGCUCAUCGGCCUUUGGGAAAGCAGUGUUCGACUCAACAUAUCUUCCGCAAUCCUUCGACAAGCAAUAACUGCAUCUGUCGCGGAGUCUCUACGAGCCAACGGCCACUCACCACCGUCUACUUUCAGGCUUGAUCUACCUGGGAUCCCGCCACUGGAGGACGUCUUGUCUCCGGAUGUUGCUGGACUUAGGAGCAGCAUCGAAGGCGGGUUCGAAACACUUCGCUAUCUGCUUGAAUUCUCACCCGAGGAUUUACGACGUGCUCCUGACUCUAUCCUUCUUCUCGGCCCGAACGCUGCCAUCUUUUUAUGCCUGCUGCUCUGUCUUCCGUGCAACGGUGUCCUUGGUCCAGCCUUUCAAAAGACGGCUAUUGGCCUUAUACAGGAUAUUGCUCGUCACGUAGGUCAAGCGGUGCAAUCCCCCCAAGACAUUGUCAAUUUACACUCGGCGUAUCUUGAUUCGCUUGUCAAUCUUUUGGGUCCAGCAACGCAACAAUGGCCACCCAUUAUGGAGGAGCUGCCGGGUUUUGAUUUAUCACAAUCACAUCUAGAGACUAGUGAUUUGCAGUUCGACGACACAGCAAUGGAAGCUGCUCAGGUUUUGGCCGGAGGAAUGGCGAGUGGACUAAAUUGUAACAUGGAUGAUCCAGAUACCAUGUUUGGAUUAACGACGGAGCCGGAGCAGAUGCUGCAUAUGCAAAGUCUUGCCAAUCUCCUCGACGCAAGCCUCUUUUCGGCAAUGUCGCCGAUGUCUGCAGUCGUGAACAGCCACACGCAAGCAUAG